UUUCCAUACUCAGGUCUGUGCGCACGCAAUUUGAGGGUCGCAAUCGCCAUUUAUUUUCAAGAAAGGGGUGCUGUGUUUUUGAAGAGGGGAAAGAAAGAAAGGAGAGUGAACGAAACCCGACCAGACAGAGCAAAGAGGGGAGGAUUGAGAGUCGGAACAGAAGAAGCUAUCCACACGGCGACCGGAGUGGACCGAGGGCCCGAACCAGGUGUUAAUAUCCCGCUUACAGGAAGGAGGGAGACGGCAGAGCCAUGGCGAAUAUAGCGGUCCAAAGGAUCAAACGGGAGUUCAAAGAAGUUCUGAAAAGCGAAGAGACAAGUAAAAACCAGAUCAAGGUGGAUCUGGUCGAUGAAAACUUCACAGAGCUGAGAGGAGAGAUAGCAGGACCACCCGACACGCCGUAUGAAGGUGGCAGAUUUCAACUGGAAAUCAAAAUCCCAGAAACGUAUCCCUUUAACCCUCCCAAGGUGAGGUUCAUCACUAAGAUCUGGCACCCUAACAUCAGCUCAGUAACAGGAGCCAUCUGUCUGGACAUCCUCAAAGACCAGUGGGCAGCAGCGAUGACCCUAAGGACGGUGCUGUUGUCUCUCCAGGCUCUUCUGGCUGCAGCUGAACCAGACGACCCGCAGGAUGCAGUAGUGGCCAACCAGUAUAAGCAGAACCCAGAGAUGUUUACGCAGACAGCCCGGUUAUGGGGUCAUUACUACGGUGGAGCCCCUGUACCCGGUCCAGAAUACACAAGGAAGAUAGACAAACUCACUGCCAUGGGCUUCGAUAAGAAUGCUGUAAUAGCGGCCUUGUCUUCUAAAUCCUGGGACGUGGAGACGGCAACAGAACUACUUCUUAACAACUGAGACCCAGCAAGAAACCCCUCGGACCUCAUCUCCCUUCUCCUUGUGGUGCCCUCCGAUGCCUUUUACCCACACCCCAAACUGAGCCUUUUUCCUAGGGGAGAUGUCGUACAGUUUCACCCCCCGCCUCCCCCCGUCCAGUCCAAUACACUACCUAGUAUCUUUUCAACUCACCCCUCUUCUCUCCCUCAAUAUAUUCCUGGGCCCAAACAAUCCCUUUAUUUUGCUGCUUCUCAUCUGUUCUUGAUGAACUCCUACCUUCCCUCCUUUUAAGAAGCACAACAUUGAACCACUGUUACCUGGUGGAGCUUACUGGCUGAGAGAACACACACACCGACAGACAAGGAGUUAUCUGUAAAUAGAUAUUAGUCUGUACAUUUUACAAAUAAAAUGGGGAAAUACUUUA